AUGAAGUGGCUCCUCGCUCUCGUUCCUCUGGCCGCUGCGGCCCCAGCUCUUGACCCCUUCACUGGAGAUGCUCCCCCAUCUGGCCAGGUCACAAUCCGCGGCGUCACCUACGGCGGAACUGGCUGCCCUCAAGGCACCAUGAGCUACCAGAUCUCCGAAGACAAGACUACCAUGACGCUCAUCUUCGACCAAUACGUCGCCUCCGUUGGACCCGGUAUCGAGAUCACUGAGCAGCGCAAGAACUGCCAGCUGAACGUCGACCUUCUGUACCCCGGCGGCUUCCAGUACUCGGUCUUCAGCGCCGACUACCGUGGAUAUGCCUCGAUCCAGAAGGGCGUCACAGGCACUCUCAAGUCGACGUACUACUUCUCGGGCCAGACCGCUCAGUCCAGCACGGAUACCACGUUCACCGGACCUUACAGCGGCGACUACCUCAAGCACGAUGUGGCUACAAGCACUUCCACCGUUUGGUCGCCUUGCGGCGCUCCUGCAGCACUCAACAUCAACUCUCAAGUCCGCCUGGCUCAGAACGACACAAAGGCUAAUGGCUUGCUCACCAAUGAUUCCACUGAUCUCAAGUUCAAGCAGGUUGCCUACAUUCAGUGGCAGAAGUGCAAGGCGUAG